UGGUAUUUUGGAUUGUUUUGCAGUUGGUGCCCGUGGCCCUAUUACAAAUGGCCCCAUGCACACCCGUCCCUUAGUGGCACUACUUGAUGGUAGGGAUUGUUCAGUGGAGAUGCCAAUUUUGAAGGAUGUGGCUACAGUGGCCUUCUGUGAUGCCCAGUCCACCCAAGAGAUACAUGAAAAGGUGCUAAAUGAGGCUGUGGGUGCCUUAAUGUGGCACACCAUUACUCUUACCAAAGAAGAUCUGGAAAAAUUCAAAGCAUUAAGGAUAAUUGUCCGUAUUGGCUCAGGGGUAGAUAAUAUCGAUAUAAAAGCAGCAGGAGAACUAGGUGUCGCAGUGUGCAAUGUGCCUGGCUAUGGUGUCGAAGAAGUUGCUGAUACAACAUUGUGCCUCAUCCUUAAUCUAUAUCGUCGUACCUACUGGCUGGCCAAUUUGGUGCGAGAAGGCAAAAAGUUCCAGGGUCCCGAGCAGGUACGGGAAGCGGCACACGGCUGUGCAAGAAUUCGUGGUGAUACAUUGGGAAUUGUUGGAUUAGGCCGAGUUGGAACAGCAGUAGCUCUUCGUGCCAAGGCAUUUGGUUUCAAUGUCAUAUUUUACGACCCUUAUCUUCCGGACGGUAUUGAAAAAUCUCUGGGACUGACAAGAGUAUACACACUUCAGGAUUUAUUAUUUCAAAGUGAUUGUGUAUCCCUCCAUUGCACAUUAAAUGAACACAAUCAUCAUUUGAUUAACGAGUAUACUAUCAAACAGAUGAGGCCUGGAGCAUUUCUUGUCAAUACCGCUCGUGGCGGACUCGUGGAUGAAAAUGCCCUCGCUAGUGCUCUAAAGGAUGGUCGUAUUCGAGCUGCUGCCUUAGACGUUCACGAAAACGAACCAUAUAACGCACUGGCCGGCCCCCUGAAAGAUGCACCUAAUUUAGUAUGCACACCACACGCCGCAUGGUAUAGUGACGCUAGUUCGACAGAGCUGAGAGAGAUGGCAGCUAGCGAAAUUAGGAGAGCCAUCGUAGGACGCAUUCCAGACUCUUUGCGCAACUGUGUCAACAAGGAAUAUUUCGUCAGCAGCGGAUACGGCGAAAACAUCAACGGAGCCAGCGGAUACAACUUCAAUCCUCUGGGCAUUCCUCAUUCCACUACCUUAGAGCCUCUUCCCACUGCACCUCACUCCCAACCCCAUUCGACUCUCCAAGAUACACCCAAUCACCUUGCACCCAAACCGGAAAGUUCCGAAGUACACUAGUGUGAUGGUUCCGUGCCAUUGGAGUUUUACGUACGGUAGUAUCCCACACACGGAGGAAUUAUAACGUGAUCUGAUGGCAUACAAUACAGAGCUUCUGGUUUGUGAAGCCACACACACGACUGUGUAGCAGUUUUGGACUUGACUUAAAUGACAGCUGGUCCUGCAAGGCUGCAUCAACCCUCUGGUAAACAUCAUGGCUAACCAGUUUGAUCUCUGACCUCAGGCUGACCAUUCUUCCAGUAAAGGCAUGCUGAGCAGCUAAGACUGAUAAUCAUGUUGCUAAAUGGGGUAAAAACUUGAUGAAGGAAGCUUCUACCAAAUGGGUAGCAGCACUGCUUUCUGUUCUCCUUAAUUCAAAUGUAGGCUUGCAAUAAUUCUGCAGGCCUCGAUUUCAGCGUAGGUAGGAUGGACAGCAGACAGCCUAGGAGGGCAAGUCUAUAUAUCUUGAUUUUGUAGUACCAAUUUAAUUUCCCCCCUUUUUUAUCAGUUUAAUUAAUACUUAGUGUCUGAUGUAUCUUUAGCAUUUAGUCAAAUAUAUUUGCUACGAUUUCCUAAUUAGCAAAAUUAACACAUUAACAGUUUUAUGUAAUUUUAUUUUAGUAUCCGUCUUUUUUUUUUCGUCGUUCUAUUUUUUUAAUAGCGAGUCGGACGUAAAAUAAAAUGCCGCCGCAUCAGAGUAGACAAAUCCGCAAUGGGGACGUACGAAAAUAUAAACUAUUUGACGACUCCCCAGGUUGUCUGCUGUCGGUGCUUUAUAGUCCACGUUUUGGCCUGUCAUUUUAUUUUACUACUACAGUUUAUGCAUAUAUUUCCAUGCUGUAAGUGGUUUUUUAAUACGUAAAAUAGGGCAAGGCGAUAAUCCGUAACCUUGCACCUUGGGUCUGUGACACAGGUUCCUCUAUCUGACAACAUAUCGUCAGGAAAUCAUUCCACUUGGGCAGUACGUGACCAACUUUGGACAAUGUAGUUUAAAAAAUAAACAAAGCGGAGAAAUUACCGGAAUGCAAACCGAUUCAACCGGAUCGUGACAUCUUAUGCAUUUUAGGGGAAAUUCGAUGCGGUCGGAAAAAGCUAAGGUCGAACGAUAAUUUCAUACAAAAGCCGAAUACCAUGAGCUUCCUCCUUCAACCCGAAUGUCAAAGAUGUGCCUACCAUCGUACUUUUUUGUUUAAAAGUUGCAGCGACACCACCUCUCAUAGUGUAAUCUUAAGUCAUCUCUGCGUGCCCUUGUACGGAUAUAUCCUCGGGGAAAGGUCAUCCAAACCACUUUGUUUCACUGUUAGAAUCUGUUGCACAGUGUGUCAGUGUAGCCACAUCAGUGGAAUGCAUCAUUUAGUUGGUCAGAAAUGUAGAUUCUAGUGGGCCGUAGCUUGAUUCCCUUUAACACUGUCAGUUUUUUCUUUCAUGUGUGACUGAUAUCAUUUCAUUGGGUGGCAGUAAAUAAACAUGACUACUUUCAAAAAUA